AUGAUGGGCGGCGGCUCAGGAGGGGGCACUAGCCCAAACUUCAAUCCACGGCCACCAACCACGUAUUAUCUUGCCAAUACGGGAGAGCAAGCGCAAACCUACUUUUUGGAUCAACAGGCAUCCACACAUCGGCGGCUUAAUCAAAAAAAGGACAUCCGAAACAGCAAAUGGAACAAUGAUAGCAGCAACAGUUUGAAUAGUCCGCGAGAUCAUACUACUCCGCGCAUCAUCAAUCGCAACGUACCAAUCAUUGACAUUAAACGAUCACUAUCAGGAGAUCUAUCCGCAUUGGCACGAAAGCCGCUCUUAUACAAAUCUUCUGGUGAUAGUGGGUACUAUGGCUCAAUCAACAACUCGGAGCGGCCUGAAAAUUUGUACACCAUUCGCUUUCAAGUUGUCGUUUGGAACAUUGGCAAGCUCGAUGUUGUGUCAGCAUCUGUCCCCAUGACCUUUCGAGUCACCCUGUUUUGGAAUGACAUUGAUGCGGAUGGCAUGCGAGACGACUUGACGGAAGAUGGGAGUUAUGUCUCCUCCAGCAGCAGAUCCAUUAAUGUGUGGCGGAUGCACGGCCGACAAAAAGCCGUACAACAAGAAAUUGCUGGCGACGCGGCCUCACUGCAACAGAAAAUGCUCGAAGUGCCGCCUUUGGCCAUUAUGAAUUGUUCGACGUUUGAAACUAUUGGGAGUCCGGAAGUUGACAUGCUGCAGGAGUCUUCGCGACUCAUGCGAUGGUCCUGCAUGUAUCGGGCCACUAUGAUUCAAGAAAACUUGCGAGUGGAUCAAUUUCCUCAUGACGAUCACGACAUCUACAUUCAAUUGGCAAUCUUGUCCAACCGAGGCAAGGGAAAGCAAUGGGAUCGACGAUUGUGGAAGCUCGGUUUGGCGACCUCGGAUGAUGCCCAAGGCUCAACUCGAGUGCCCCAUGGCGUCUUGGUGGACCAAGCUCGAUUGCCAGGCUUUUCCUACAACAAGGAACGAGGGCUUGACUUUAAAUUUGUUCGAAUGGAGCAUGGAGCCUUUGACAACCACACUGAGGAGUCGGCUGAGGAAUACCUUAAGGUGUCACUAAAUGUUCUCCGCGAGUCAGGGUACUACGACAACAACAUUGUUCCACUCUUGGCCUUGAUGAAUGUUGUCGCUGUGUCCGUCCUCACCUUUAAGGACACAGAAUUUUUCUACCGUGGUUUGAUCACUCUGAACAUUGCUUUUGUGGAAAUGAGCAUCCGGAUGACCGCUGAUUCCCACUUGCCUUCAGUGGGGUACGAGAUUCGAUUGCAAUCCGUUCUGAAUCAAUUUUUCUUUGUCCUCAUGCUGUUGGUCUUAGAGGCUAUGGUCGUCAACGUUUUGGUGGUCGACUAUCAAAUAUCCGCCGAUAUCACUCGCAAGAUUGAUGUGGCGACAGGAGCAUUGGCCAUCAUUCACAAUUUUUACACUGUUGCAUCCUACUAUGAAUCCGCUCGACGGGCUCGACGACGACUGAAUGGCAAAGAGAAAAGUUCCAAUGCAGGUAGGAAGUCUUUCCGUGGUAGAAAACCAGCACCUGUGUGA